GUUAUCAAGGAGUAGGACAGGAAACAAAACUAAAAUCAUUCAUGAUCCCACUGCAAAAAAAGUUGUGUGGCAGUUGGGAAUGGUCUUUAAGGAUGUGGAUGAGUUUAGAAGGGCAGUGACAAGAUAUGCUGUUCAAAGGAGGGUGCAAGUGGACAAGUGGGUGAAUGAGCCAAAAAGGGUUAGGGUUUUGUGCAGGAAUGGUUGUCCAUGGCUGCUAUAUGCCAAGCUUGACAACACCACACAUGAUUUCCAAAUAAAAACUUACAACCCAAAGCACACUUGCUACAAGAGCACUAGAAAUUACCUGUGUAAUGCAAAGUUCAUAGCUGAGGUGUAUAGAAAGAAAAUUACUGAGCAGCCAAACAUAAGAGUUUUCAAGUUGCAAGAACUCAUUAGGAAAAAAUUUAAUGUUCAUGUUGGAAAGACUACUGUUAGGAGAGCAAGGGCAAAAUUUUUGAAAGAGAUCAUGGGUGAUCAUAUUGUGGAAUUUGGAAGAAUACUUGACUAUAAGGAUGAAUUGUUAAGGACUAAUCCUGGGAGCACUUGUGUUGUGAAAUUGGGUGAACCUGAUGCAGCUGGACAACCAGUUUUCCAGAGUUUUUACAUGUGUUUUGAUGCACUAAAGAAGGCAUUUUUGGCCUGUAGGAAGUGCAUAGGUUUAGAUGGGUGUUUCUUGAAAGGAGUUUGCAAAGGACAGCUGUUGGUUGCUGUGUGUAGAGAUGGGAAUAAUCAAAUGCUGCCUCUUGCAUGGGCAGUAGUUGAGUAUGAGAACAAGCAUACAUGGACUUGGUUUAUCAAGUGUUUGAGAGAAGACUUUGCACUUGGAGAUGGUGCAGAUUUAACCUUGAUUACAGAUAUGCAAAAGGGACUGUUUGUAGCAAUUCAAGACCUGUUACCUGCUGCUGAACAUAGAAAAUGUGCUAGGCACAUAUUGGCUAACUUUUGUAAAGAUUGGAGAGGACUUCAAAGAAGGCAACAAUUUUGGAAGAUUGCAAAGAGCACACAUGAGUCUCAAUUGAGAAAAAAUAUUGCCAAGAUGAAGAAACUUGGACCAGAAGAGAUGAUGGACAAGCUGAUGUACUUCAAUAUAGAGUAUUGGUGUAAGGUGUACUUCAACACUGAAGUUAAAGUUGAUUCUGUGGACAACAACAUGUCAGAGUGUUUUAAUUCUUGGAUCUUGGCUGCUAGGCACAAGACAAUCAUUACUAUGCUUGAAGAGAUUAGAGUUAAGAUGAUGACUAGGAUUGGUAGUUUGAGGGAGUUUGUCAAUACUUGGAGAAGUAAUUACUCUCCAAUGUCAAUAAAGGUCCUAGAGGAGAACAUUGUUAGGUCUAUGGAGUGUAACAUAGAUUUUAAUGGUGUAGCUGGGUUUGAAGUGAGAGAAGGACUUUUGGUACAUACAGUGGAUCUUGGUAGAAGGUAUUGUAGUUGUAGGGCUUGGCAACUAAAGGGCAUUCCAUGUGCUCAUGCCUUAGCUGCAAUAAGUCACAAGCAGUAUGACCCCCUUGAUUACAUGCAUAGCUGCUACAAUAAAGAGACUUACAUGAGAACAUAUGCCACUGUUUUAGAACCAUUAACUAAUAUGGAAAUGUGGCCUAUCUCAAGUAAUCCAACUGUUGCACCACUAGAGUAUAAGACAAUGCCAGGAAGACCAGCAAAAGUGAGAAGGAAAGAGGCACAUGAGAUAAGAAAAUCUGGAAACUGCCUAGAAAUGGGAUGGCAAUGACAUGUAGUAACUGCCAUACAAGAGGACACAACAAGAGAGGAUGCCCAAUGGGUAAAGGAGUUGAGUCAUCAACAAUGGCAAGUUCAAACACAAGGGCCAGAAACAAUGCACCAUCAAGUUC